CAGCUGCAGUACGAGUUCACCAGAGUUACCGUGAAAGAGGAGAUGGAGCUGUUGAUGCAAGAAGACAGUGACGGUCAGGAACAGGAGAAGGAUGCAGAAAAUACCCAGGAGGAGUGUGAGGAGGGAGCGGAGGUGUGCACAGGACCAACGUCUGAGUUCUAUCCGUGUCCUCACUGCACUGUCUCCUUUACUGACUUAGAUUUCCUGGAGAAACAUGUCAAAUGGGUCCACCAGAAACAGUAUCUUGACAAACUGAAAAACUGCCUGUCGAGCCGCGCGCUCAACCCCAUUCCGAAACACGCUUGCACCGUCUGCGGCGGUUCCUUCAGCUCCAAAGUGAAGCUCAACGCGCACAUGGGGGAGGCUCAUCCGUCCGCGCCACCUCGCAGGCUCCACACAUGUCCCACCUGCGCACGCAGCUUCCAGUACCUGAAGAAUCUGAAGAACCACUGUCAGCGCUGGCACAACAUGUCCGUUGUCACGAGGGGGGGGCAUCUCAGCUGUGCCAACUGCGGCAAGAGUUUCAAGGCCACCUGGGGCCAAGGGCCUCACAUGUGUCACGGGCCGGCUACCACCGAACCGGAGGAUACGCCGAUCUGUCUGGACGUGGGCGUAUCGUGUCUAGAAUGCGGCAAGAAGGUGCGCACGCGUCAAAGUCUGCUGGAUCACAUGCGGACUCACACGGGCGACCGGCCGUUUGUUUGCAAAGACUGCGGCAAGAGGUUUGUGGAGCAUAGAGGUUGGCGGCAGCACAUGAUGAUCCACACGGGGGAGAAGCCCUUCAAAUGUCCGCUGUGCGAAAAAGCCUUCAUAAGGUCACACCACCUCAAGUCACACUUAACCACCCACUCCGGCAAGAAGGAGUUUUCUUGCUCGCAAUGUGGGAAGGAGUUUGGCUUCAAGUCGAGUCUGGAUCUCCACCUGAGGACACACUCCAACGAGCGGCCCUUCAGCUGCAGUGUGUGCGGGAAGAACUUCAACACCAAGAGGAACCUGCGGGUGCACGUCAAAAUCCACAGCAGCGAGAAGGCUUACCAAUGUGGCGACUGCGGGCUGAAAAUCGGAGACAUCGGGGCUUUGAAAAUCCACCUGCGCUCACACACCGGCGAGAGGCCGUACCACUGCACCGUCUGCGGAAAUAGGUUCAUACGACUCGCACAUCUACAGAAUCACCAACGCACCCACACCGGAGAACGACCGUACAAGUGCACCGAGUGCGAUAAGAGCUUCACGCAGUCCGGGGAUUUGGUCAAGCACAAGCGAAUACAUUCUGGGGAGAAGCCCUUCGAGUGUCCCGACUGCCACCGCUGUUACACGUCCUCCGGUGAUCUGGGCAAGCACAGGCGAAGUCACACGAACCUGCGACCGUACGCCUGCCAGGAAUGUGGGAAAAGCUUCCGCCUGUCGGGCCAUUUGAAAACGCACAUGUUGACGCACACGGGGGAGAAACCCUUCUCCUGUCCCAGCUGCCUCCGCAGGUAACACCAACGACCCCCACCCAGAGGACACGGAAGGGAGAACGAUCCACCAUGGCCAACGACCCGCAUGACGUUAGAACUGACGAAGCCUCUUGGGUGAGAGGCGAAGAUUCUUUGAGUUACGUU